ACACUGUCUCACAGUCACUGUGAAGACGAGAGAGUAUGAAGCGAUUCUUUCAACCAGUGCAGAAGGAUGGGUCUUCGAAGAAGCCCUCCCUCUCGUUUUCAGGAGAAGAUGGUGAAAGUACAGAAACAUUUGGGGAGGAGAAGGAAGAGCCAUCAAAGUUCUUGACUUGGAAUGCUAACAGCCUUUUACUUCGAGUGAAGAACAAUUGGCCCGAAUUCACCAAGUUAGUCACUAGCUUUGACCCUGAUGUCAUUGCAAUACAGGAAGUGAGGAUGCCUGCUGCUGGUUCAAAGAGUGCUCCAAAAAAUCCAGGACAACUGAAAGAUGAUACAAGCUCCUCCAGGGAAGAAAAGCAGAUAUUAAUGCGUGCACUUUCUAGUCUGCCUUUUGGAAACUAUCGUAUAUGGUGGUCUCUUGCAGACUCAAAGUAUGCAGGGACAGCACUCCUUGUGAAAAAGUGCUUCAAGCCAAAAAAUGUCUUUUUCAAUCUUGAUAGAAAAGCUUCAAAGCAUGAACCAGAUGGCCGGGUAAUCUUGGCUGAAUUUGAGACCCUCCGGAUAUUGAACACUUAUGCACCAAACAAUGGAUGGAAAGAGGAGGAGAACUCAUUUCAAAGGAGAAGAAAAUGGGACAAAAGGAUUCUGGAAUUUGUUACUCAGUAUUCUGAUAAGCCUUUAAUAUGGUGUGGAGAUCUCAAUGUCAGCCAUGAAGAGAUUGAUGUGAGUCAUCCAGAAUUUUUUAGUGCAGCAAAACAAAAUGGCUAUGUUCCGCCAAAUAAAGAGGAUUGUGGGCAGCCUGGAUUUACCUUGUCUGAAAGAAAGCGAUUUGCUACUAUCUUACGAGAGGGGAAACUGGUGGACGCCUAUAGAUUUCUGCACAAAGAAAAGGACAUGGAGCGGGGUUUCUCAUGGUCUGGAAAUCCAGUUGGAAAGUAUCGUGGGAAAAGGAUGAGAAUAGAUUAUUUCAUAGUUUCAGAGAAGCUAAAGGACAGGAUUGUUGCAUGUGAAAUGCGUGGACAAGGGAUAGAGUUAGACGGUUUCGUUGGAAGUGAUCAUUGCCCUGUUACCCUAGAGCUCUCCCCAAGCCCCAGGUCCCCAGAUGUGGAUCCAACUUAAACCGAGGAAAAAAAAAAAAAAACUUGGCUAGUUUUUAAAUUGAGUUUUGCUUUUUCUGUCUAAGUCCUUUGUGGCUGGACCCUGACUAUUUUAUUCAAUGAAAUGCCAUUCUUCAUUAUGCU